AUGACUGAUCCGGAACGCAAACCGUAUAUACCACCGGAAACCAAUGUUGAGUAUGUUAUCAUGGCAGAAUUUGAUAACAAGUAUGGCCACACGUUGAAAUAUCAGUAUCCUCACUAUAUUCCAGGAUUUGAAUCCUCCAUCGAGAUGAGUAGUCAAUCAAAGAAUGCUCUUUAUCUGGCAAGCUUAAUGAUGCCUAGCAAUGUGGAACAUAACCUCUCGACAGGCGCCGUCGAUUUUACGAAUUUCAUGCUUUACUUCAACUAUAAGUCGAAAUGCUACGAAUUGCUUCCAUCAGCUGCUAAUAAUCCCGAGGAUACUAUUUUCUUUCUUAGCGUUGUCAAAGCAGAGGAAAAUACGAAGGAUGCUAGAGGAGCUAAAAUUAAAGCUGUGGCGUUUGGAACACGGCUGAAAUGUUCCAAGAGCUUUAAGCCUAUUAUACAGCUAACACUGGAGAAUUUGAUGCGCUACGACACUUACGGGACAACUGUACCAUUUCUAAUUGAUUUUUACAACUCUAUCAAUAGUAUUGAUCUUUCUUUCGUUAAACAAAUACAUGAAAAUAGGGCGUUACAGAACAUUUUUUCGGGGAUCAACUCAGAACACUCACUAAGAGAUGUAAUGGAUAAAUCAUCGGAUAAGCAACAUGAGAUUUUACAAUUUUUGAAUAUACCAGACCGUGAUAAAUAUGGUAACAGAAUAGAAUUGAUCAAGGGGCAUUUAACCAUCUCAUAUGAUGCCUACAAGCCGCGAGAGCCGUUUAGGAAUUUCAACAGGAGACCGCUGUUAAUUGAUUUGAUUCAGGAUACUCCCAUGGGGAUUACAAUAAAAUACAACAAUUUGGUGGCUAACUUCCUAAGUAAACUGAUUCCUCUGCUGCGCAAAGGAGACAUUAUCAAAACGUCUCUGAAAAUUAUUAUUAAUUCAAAACAGCUUCCGAAAUAUGAAAUAUGUGAAUUUGUAUUGGCUUUAUCGAGUUUGAUGGGCUGCCUGAGCUCUGCAAACAUUAUGCAGAAUUGCAGAAACGAACGAGUUGUAAUUCUCCCGUAUAUGGAAGUAGGCAUGUUAGAUCUCAUCAAGCAGUACUUUUCUUCAAUGCAAAGCGAAAACGUCAUCGCUAUUAUUGGAACAGCAAAUCCAAUUUUCAAAUUGCAAAGCAAUCUGUGGGAUUUUUACUAUGAUGUUGAUACAGAUACCAUCAUUGAAUUCAAUAAGGAAAAGGCCGCUGGAUUUCAAAAAAAACUGGAAUCUCUAUCCUUGAAGAAAAUGCUCAACAGAAGGAACAGCACUCUAUCAGUUUCAUUGAUGGAUACUCACAUUGAUAGUAGCUUAAUGACAAUUUUCCUUGAAAUCAUAUCCUUAGAAAAAACGAAUAAUUCCACCAUAAUUCAAAUAUUGAGAAAAAUAAAUUUAUUUCAGUCUUUGAAUAGAAAUAUUUUCAAAACUGACAUAGCAAGUGAUAAUGUGCUAGACGAAUAUCUCACAAGUUACAGAGAUUUUAUCUUUUUUGAUGACUUAUUCACGAACGAAUCCCUAAAGGUAGCACGCCUAUUGGAUAGUUUAUCUGAUAUGGUCAACACUAUAUUUGAUUCUCAGGAGUCAUCUCAAAUCCCUUACCAACCACUAAACGGUAAAAUGGUAUUAAGGAUGAAUGAGAUACUUCAUGAGAUUUAUGAAUACCUAUCCAACGGGAACAGCAGCUUGGAAAUUUUUUUGAGUGUUUGUUUAAGCUUUCCUCUCGUUACUACCACUGAGAAUAGCAUGUAUUCCGCAGCGAGUUUCGGUAAUAUUAACAAUGCCAGUGCUAUGAACAAUUUUGCAAAAACCAUAUUACACAACCUUCGUAUUAAUAAUUCCUGGGUACAUCUCGUGGAUAGCAAUAUUCACGAUACAGCAUCUGAAACAUUCGCAAAAGAUAGAAGUUUGAAUUUAUUAUUCUUUCCGUUACUACUCAAUUCAGAGGUUAAGGAGAAACCGGUAGAGUAUAUGUAUUCCGAGGAGACUCCAGCUAGUAGCGUUAAUGAAAGACCGAGGUCAGUAGCAUUCAAAUGGAUGCUUAAUAUUGCAAAUAAUAAGACGCUAGAUAAUUCAAUGGAAAGUAGCUCCGUGAAAUCUAGUUCCGAAGCAUAUUCGAUAUCAUCAGUUCCAACGAGUAAACUUAUUUCUCCAAUUCUUUCUAAUGAUUCUUCCCUUUCGAUUAAGAUGGAUUAUGAAGAAAUACAGCAACUGGUUACAAUAUCCAAGAAUAUAUCUUUCAGGAUUCUGCAACUAAUAGAGAAUCAUGCAAUCGGGAAAGUAAUGCUGGAACAAAAUUUGCAUGCAUAUUUUCAGCUUGUUUAUCAUUGCAUGAAAUUGCAACAACGUAACGAUUUCACGAAUUAUGAGAUCAGACUAUCAAAAACGGAGCAUUCUUUUAGACCCAUGCUCCAUGGUGAUCAGCAAGAAAGACGUUGA